GACAAGGGUUUGAACUCCAGACUGGGUGUGUAAUCUGUUUGCCCAUGAACUAAAGCAGGAAGCAACCCAAUGAGUGACUCUCAUUUCAUGUUCUUUCUCUGAUGUGGAACUCCCAGACUCUGUGAGCUGUAGUUCCAGUUACUGUGAGAGAUUUGGUUUUAUUCCCGAUCAUCUGGUCUGAGGGAGAGAGGGGGCCUCUGAUGUGGACUGAAGACACUCUCUGUGAGUAUGCAGACUCUAAUGUUGGACUUAUUGCUCAUUUCUAACUGAGGACUGAAAAUGUUGGUGCUCUGAAUGAACUUUUUAAGGUUUGAAAAACAAAACUGUGGCCUGAACAGGGUCAGUCUGGGCCUGAUUCCAGUUCAGGACACAGGGUUAGAUAAGGGUUCCUCACAGGCUGCUGCUCUGUCAGAAACACUUUCACUUUCAGAUAUUUAAGGGGAUUUUUGCUGGACUCUGAGUCCUUUUUUAACAGAUCAGAGUUUUUGUUUUGAGUCUAGAGAAAAGUUUAAAUAUCAGUUUUUCUUCUGGGUCAAAUGACAGAAAGUCUUUGUUCAUCCUCCCCGUAUUUCAUGUUAUUAUUGAAAGUCUGAACAGAUACAGUAGGUCAGCUCUGAAUCUGAAUCUUCUGCAGAGGAUCUUAAACUCUGAAUUACAGUUUUUUACAAUUGGCCUAACACAGACUCCAAUACUUCUGAAAACAUUUCCAAAACUGCUCACACACCAACACACCUACAACACACAACUGACAAACCAGCUAACUUCAUUCUCAAAAGCUCUCACUAUAAACUAAACACCUGCACUAGUUUUCAAAAUGCAAGAAUACACCAACACUAUACACAAGAUCAACCAAACACCAACACCAAUUCUCUUCCAUCAGAAACCUGUAGUCAGUCAUUUACAGAAACUGCGAGAUGUUUCAGAAGUCUGCCUCUGUGAUACAUGAAUGCUGUAUGUUUAGAAUUAUUUGUAUAUAUUGUGUCAAGCUUUUCAAAUCGUUAAGAAAACCAAAAACUUCUUAAAAGAAAGAAAAGAGCAGAAGUUCUCUUUUAUCUCUGAGCUUUCCUGAUCUCUGUAUUUUUUCUGUUUUCCCAUGCUGUCUUUGUUUUAGAUUCAUUUCAAUAUUCAGGUGAUGUCUUCCCACCAAAUCUCUGGUCUUGAGAAAUGGGGCUCAACGCUGGACUUUGGUCACUGUGGAUGGUAUUCAUGCAUGUUUUAAUUUCCUUUUCAGAAGUUCAGUGGUCUUAUUAUUAUUCCUCCACACGAUGCUGUCUUUUACUGACUGCACCAUCCUCAAGAAGCAACAUUGGAGUUAUCUUUGGCUAACACUGAAUUAAUGGUUCUGAAUUUGGGGAAGCUUGAUACAGGAUCUGCCAUAGCACCUGAACAUAUUGAGUCAACAAAUACUCCCAUGAAGAGGAGGUCUAGCUCUAAUUUUCAUGACCACAUGUUAAUCAUGUUUCCCCCCUACAAACCUUCUUCCAAAUACUGGUCAAGGAGGUCCCCUGUAGUGCUGGGUUGAUGGUGUCAGGCAGUAAAAAGAAUGUGAAAACUUAGCAUCAUCCACUGGACUGCUUUUCCAAACAGUUAGACAUAAAAAGGGAAACUUCACAGUAAAUUUGUGAAUAUAUUAAAAACCUCUUUAUCACACUCACCAUCACUGGAAUAUUUAUGAUGUUUCUCUCUGUCUCUUCACAGACUUGUGUGGUGCAAAUAUCCGCAGUUCAACCUCUCACCUGUAGCUGGACAGAGUAUCAGGUUGGAAAUAAAUGCUGUGUCAUGUGUGGUGAAGGUAAGACCUGCUAUACAAAAUAUUGACUGACUGAAGGUUUAUUCCAGCUGUUUGAUCACAGUCAGUAUUGUCAUUGGUUGUAUUUGGAAGAUACUUUAAUGCACUAGACCUCUUUCUGCAACAAUCAGGAACUGACAUUAGUGCACAAUACUGAUGAGUGUUGUAACAGCACAGGUAAAUAUAUUCUUAAGUCUUUAUCUUCAGUCCAAAUUGACUGAGCCGCUUGAAGCACAGCGUGUGGUGAAGAAGAGGGGUGAAGGGACGUGGCUAACUUCUAAGGUUUUGAAAGAAAAAAAAACAAUACAUGAAAUUUUCAUCAAAACACUAAAUGUACAGAUCUCAACUGAUAACUGAAGAAGCCUAGAGAUUUACAUUCCUUCUCUUAUACUGCAGAGGGUUGUGCAGGGGCUCAUCAUAUUAUCCUUCUCUAUUUUGGGUCAGUGUGUGUCUGAGAGAUUCUUAAUCCAUUUUGUUAAGAUUUUAACAGUGGGCCCAGAAAUAGUGUCUUACAUUUAGGACUUUGAAGCCUCCAUGUUGUUUAGGUAAUCAUAAUGUUUUCAGUCCAAUCCUCAAUCACCUUAGCUGCCAUCUUCAUUUAAAAUAAGCUUUUAAAUUUAUCAAUUUAGAAUUUAGGGAUGUCAGAGGGAAACAUCUGAUAUACAUAUGAAGCUUAGCAAGUUUAUUCAUGCAUACACUUUCAGUGCACCCAUACAGAGUUGUCUUUUUCUCAACAGGACAGCAUGUAAAGACCAACUGCAAAGAGGGCAUAUCUACAUCCUGCAAACCGUGCACAGAGGGAACCUACAUGAAUAAACGCAAUGGACUCAGAUAUUGUUUCCCAUGCACUAAAUGUGAAGAGGGUAAGUUUAUUCCCAUAUUUUAAAAUUCAUGUUUAUUUAUGUUUUCUUAAACUCAAAGAAGCUCAGAUUGAAGAUCAGCGUGUCUCUAUUAUCACAUUAAUCAAUAACACUCAACUCAUUGUGUACAAAUGUUUCUAUGUGUUUGCAGAUUCUGGUCUGAGGAUAAAAAGAGCGUGCACAAGAACAUCAGACUCAGUCUGUGAACCAGUGGAUGGAUUUUACUGUUCAGAGUCUGGAGAAAAUGGCUGUCUGUUUGCACAGAAACAUUCAGUCUGCAAACCAGGACACUUCAUCAGUCAGAACGGUUGGUUUGAUGAGCUGAAAAUAAGAAUAUUCAGUUUACUCUUUAAAUCUAUACUCAUGUGGACUGAUGAGGAACCAUAUGAGCCUUUAGUGGGAAAAUGGUUUGCUACUGUAGUCUGAAAAACAUGGUUCAAAUAUCAGAGUCUGAGCCUCAGAGGACUUAAAGUAUAAUAAAUAUAGUUUCCAUUAAAGAUCAAGUUUGUCCCCUCAGACACCCUGUGAGGUCUGAGUUAAACCUGCACAUUAAACACUGCUGUAGCUCUCAGCCUGUGAAAUGAUCCAAACAGAGGUGAAACUCUCCAUCUGUCUCUGAACUACAGCGCUGGUUUGAGGGCUCUUUGCUCAAAUAAAAGGUGACCAGGACCGAGGAGAGUCAUUCAUUUGGAAUAUUAUAGACUUUGUUCUUACUGUCAAUAUAUUUUCACAUUUUAAAUUUAAUUAAUUUUGUUACAGGAAAAAGCAAUGCUGGCCUAAAAACAUAAAUGGUCUAAAAGAUCAUUUUUGACAUUAUUGUUAAUUGGCUUUAAAACCUGCAGAUGAAGUUAAGCUAAGACCAUUUAGACAAUUUUAUUUUGUAAAUGUAAAUUUCAUCUCUUUUCACUCUCAGAGAAGGUUAGCAUUCACAUUUCUGAGGCUUAAACUAAGACCACAACAAACCUCUUUGACACAAAUACAUGUCUCUGGAUUUAGAUGAAAGGGUCUACUUUAAAAACUAACCCUCCUGUCUGUGUUUGUGCAGGAAGCUCUGUGUCAGACACUGUCUGCUCUCCCUGCUCUGCUGGAUCAUUUUCAGACGGGAUGUUUUCAUCUUGUCGUCCACACACAAAGUGAGUGAAGCUUCACAUCAGACAUGGACACACCUGAAUUCUUCUUCCUGCAGCAGAGAAUUCAUCAGAUCCUCCAGAUGUUCCUCUAAGAAAUGUCCCUCUAUCAUUACAGAUGUGAAGACCUGGACCUGCUGUUGCUGGAACCAGGUACUGAGUCAGCUGAUGCUCAGUGUGGAGGACACCAUUCACACAGGACUGCAGUGAUGGCCAGUGGAGUUGUUGUGCUUUUUUCGGUUGUUUUAUCUGCACUAGGAGGGUGGUGCUGCCGACAGAGGAGAGGGAAAUACUUAAACAAAGGUAAAGUUUUAAGCUGUGACAAUAUAAUAUAAACAUGAGCUUUUAUUCAUAUUUAUUCAUAUCUCUGAGUUUUUAAUCAUUACUGACCUUUAAUUUCAGGAAAAAACAGAGAAGCAGAAAAAAUUGAAGGAUCAGAAAAAAACAGAGGAGCAGAAAAAACAGGAACAGAAAAUGCAGAGGUGGUAUGUUUUAAACUUUCUCUGCUGUCAGUUUAUUUCAUUGUUCAAUAGCAAAAUGAGUUUACUCACUCACAAACAUUUCUUCUGAAGGUGCAAAACCAUUUAAAUGAAAAACUACUGCCGGAUUUCAGACAGAUCACAACUGCAGAAGGUGAGACAGCAAUGUAUUUCAUUAAAAUGUUGACUGACUGGGAUUAACUCUGAUAUUUCUUCACAAAUAAGUUUAAAUAAGUAUUUUUUAUUUUUUAUUUUUUUUUUGGACACUGCAGAGAAAAUGUCCUCCAGGAUAUAGGUUCUGACCUGCUGAAUUCUGCUGAACCUGAUGAGAAAACCAUUCAAACAGACCUCUGAAGGUGUGCUGAGGUAUCUGGAACCAUGAUAUCUGCAGGAGAUCCUUUUAGUCCUGGAAUUUGAGAGGUGGAGCCUCCAGGGAUCAUAAGUUUUUCAGCUCAUCCUUUAGAUGAUGGACUGAAAUCUAAAGGAGACCAAGUUCAUGCUACCACGUUCAUCCAUAUUACCUUCUUCCAUUAUUCCAUUUGUUUACUUGCUGCUGAACAGAUCCUGCCCACUGACUGGUGACACUGUGAGGAGAUGAUGUCAUCCACCUCUCUUACAAGUGGGUCUAACAAUAUGGUUGCAUCAGUCUGGGUUCACAGAGUUCUGAAUGUGAGGAAAUUGGAACCACAUUGUAGCAGCUAAGUCUACACUGUAAGCUACUGAGAUGCUUGACCCAGAGUAACCCGGCUGACGCGCCCUGCUACUGGUUUCAUACACUACCAUGGGUAUAUGAUGAUCAGUAAUAGCCUGGAUGCUGCUCCUCUAAUGCAGCGAACAAGAAUUUAUUGUGAUGAACAUUGCCAGAGUCAAUUAGCAAUUCCCAUCGAACAACACUAAGUGCACAAAGGAAAGCGCUGUCAUUUAGCACCACAACGAUCAAAGACCUUUCUGCCUUUCCGGGGGCAAUCGCCUGCCAACAACAGUGAUCUAACUACCUUUAACCUGAGCCCCAGACAACAGGACAGCGCCCCCAAGGCACAAAAGUGAACUGCAAUUCAUUUUUGGUUAUCACAGCCACAUAUUUGUCUCCUACACACAUUGAUAGACAAUAUGUGGUAUUAACUUUCGAUUAGUGUUACAGCUGGCUCAAAUACUGUACACAAUAGGGGACACAACACAAAAGGUUUAAGUUUGCAUUUAAUUUAAUUCAAGCAAUAAACAGAAAUGGAUGCCAAACCCUCAAACAAACCAAGAAGUGCUGCUGCUGUCAGGUGGAAGGAGAAAGUGAGAAGGUUAGUGAGUCUUGCCUAAAUAUACUCAGCCUUUAUUGAUCCCCUGUGUCUCCAACUGGGAACAAGCAGGCCAGAAAACAACACAGGGAACAUGCUCACUAAAACAGGAAGAAACCUUAAUGUAACACUAAUUUACAAUAUAAAAAUAACCUGACAGACAGACGUUCUGCUGAUCUGCUUCUUUCAUAAAGUAUUAAAAUUUUUUUACUUAAGUAGAAAUACAAAUACCUCAUGAAUUACCAGCACUUUUAAGAUUUGCAUAUGAUUAUUUGCAUUUUAAAACUUCUCAUCAGCCAAAGCGCCGAGCCAAAAAACAUCUUAAAACAGCUUAGAAUGUAUGAUUAUGUACUGUAUGUUGAUGUGUGUUUGCUGUGUGUAAAUAUUUUCAAAUAAAAGAUAAAAAAGAAACUCUUCUUCUGUUUUCGCUGACUUAACACAUUCAGACACUGAAAUCCUCCAGACAGCUUUGGACCAAAACUGAAACAGUUUCUCAAUCAAACCGAAAAGCUUUGACAAUAAUAAAUUUUUCUGCAGGAGUUAAAGUGACUGUAAUUAACUGUCUGACCACAAACUGUGAACUUCUACAACAACCAACUCUGCAACACUGAGUGAUUAGAUCUUCACAUAUUAUCAGUUUAAGGUGCAGUACAGAGCAAACAUGGUGACCCUGGCCUGAAUGUAUUAGAGGAGGAAAAACCAUGAGCCCCAGAGAAGAGGAAAAAAAAGAUUCAUCAAAGUUUAUUAUCCACUCUUGAAAUCACUGAUCAUACUGAACAAAUUUUUAUAUGCAAUAAUUUAAAACCAAUCACAGAGAUUAUUCUUAUGAAACAGUUUGAUAACUAGAAUAACCUUCAAAUGAGAGAGAAGACUGUCUGCUUCUUUUUGUGAUCUGGACUAACUCCUUCUCCUCUCGAUCAAACACCUAAAAAGUAUUGAUAUCAACACUGCAUAUAAAAAUACUAGAAUAGAUCAAACGUUCACGUUAUCUUGCUUUUCAUUCUAUCUUCCACCAGGGGGCACCAAGCACCCAAUCUGACAGAGUUCACGUGAGGUAACAUAGACGUGUGUCAGCAUGUCAGGUUAUCCACCCUGAGAGAGAUGCACAAUUUUUUAAAAUCAAUGUAUUUCUUCUUAUGUCCAACACUUUUUGUUGCAUUAUCGUUGUAUUAAAAGUGCUUUAUAAAUAAUGUCUGAUUGAUUGAUUGAUUGAUUGAUUCUUUCCCAUCAGUUCAUAAAACAGACCUCAUUAUUCACAUUUUUUUCCUCUCAAAUCUGCAAAAAUCAUCUCUCUUAUUCUGAAAAGCAGGACAGAACCUUUUUAUUUACAGAAAUGUUAUCCUUUAAUCCUGAAUUAUUUACCUAGUUAACUCAGAAAAAAAUCCUCUUCCAUAUAAUCGAUUUUAUCCAGACAGUCUGUGUUAUUCACAGACACAGUGCGGUUUUCUCUUUUACUUCUGAAGUGACUCAUGCCACUGUAGUUUCCUCUUUCAUCACACUCACAGUUUGAAGUUUUGGCUGGAGAGCUCCACGUGUUUUCAGCGAUUAGCAACGCUGUGAUGGUGAGCUGCUGUUGUUACCCCAGCCCGCAAGGGGGUCCUAGAGUGAUCCAUCUCCCCCUCACACUGACUAAUGUCUGAAUGCAGCUGUUUCUUCUAAAACGUGGAGAUGCCGGGGAUUGAACCCGGGGCCUCAUACAUGCAAAGCAUGCGCUCUACCACUGAGCUACAUCCCCAUGCCCUUGUUACUCAAUCAGUUUAAUAAAAUCUGUACACAGACCAUGCGCUGUAAGUCUUGAGUGAGUUUUUUGAGUAAUAAUCUCACUAGUGUGGAAAUAAAAAGCAGAAUGAUCAUCAGUUCAUAUUUCCACUUUUAUAGCAGGGAAAACAACAUCUGUCAAUUUACUCAGCUGCGCCCCCACCUGUCCUCACUGAGUCUUCUUUCUCUCCAAACCAGUCCAGACAGAGCAGACAGCCCUAAAAGAAUCAGAUCAUGUAGGACACAGAGGAACGCUGCAUGAUCCCCAUACCCUAUUUUUUGCAGACUUGAUUCAAUGACUUUUAUUACUUUCUAAGACCCCGCAGAAACUCUUGUAAAUCUCUGUUUCAGCUCAAAUCACCAGAGAAGGUCGAGUCUUGCUUUAACCUCUGAUAAGGUUGGUAAUAUUUCCCUGACAAUCUAUGAAGCACCCUGAGAGACAGGGUUUCGGUCUGGUAGGCCUUCAUGCCUUUUGUCUCACAGUGCAUUUGUUUUCUCAGCUAAACUAGAGACAGAGAAGAAGAAGAGAGAGCAUUAGCAGACCUGAGGAGGAAGUUUGGUGGGUAUGUGGUGGAGUUUUGUUCCCACAGCAGGGGAAGGUGCCACAAUGAGCAUAAACGUUCACACUUUGUUCCAUCUGCAAAUGUGUGUGUGUGUGUGUGUGUAGAGGUGUGAUUUUGUCUCAUAUCGAAAGUAAGUUCGUGAUGAAGUUGUCCUGAGGUGACGCAGAGUUAAGAUGUAGGCACAGGUAUUGUUACAGGUUUUUUCCCACAGCCUUUACAGGUCUAAAACGGUUCUCAGGCUGUGAGGAGAAAAGCUGUUGUCUCUCCUCUUUUUGUCCCCUUGCAGGAAAACUUAUCUCAUACCUGCAGCAGUCUGUGAUUUGCAUGUUUACAGAGUUUCUGUGUAUAAAUUGAUCAUCACAUGCAGACUCUCUGCUCUUCAGGUGUUUCAUCCUUUUCUAGAGGCUCAAAACUAAGAAUGCGGAGAAAACCUGUCGGAUUUGUGUCUGGCUCAUUAUGUUCUGUGACGUCCAGAGAAGAUGAAGUCCUUCAGCACUUUGUGUUUUGUUAAUUGCUGUUAGCUAAGAGUGAACAGGUAAUUUCACCUGUCUGCCUUUUUGCACAGUCAGUGAACAGAGGAUAACUUUAUUUUCUGACACGAUAUGACGUUGUAAAUGAGGUGUCACAUUUGCUGCCAUUUAAUGUAAUCAAAGCGAGUCUCUAUGAGAAGGAAACAGGAAAUCUUCAGCACAUUUUACAGCAAGCAAAGCAUGCAAAUAAGUAAGUAGAGCGAGAUGAAAACAGUUUCCUAUAACUCAGCUCUGAAUUCUCACACCUAUGGACGAAAGUGAAAGCUGUUCCAACCUGUAGAUUUAGCUAAGCUGUUUUAACCUUUCCCGAAGUUAUUUUUGUCUGUCCUUUGAAAAGGUUUCAGUCAAAAAUACCUGACCCCAAAGUGUUAAGGUCACUGGAACUUUAUGACAAAGGUGAAGGUGGGGGUGUUGACAGUUAGAGUGAAGGGACUGACAGUUUGAUCUGGGGUGCGACAAUGAUGCUUAAAUUGAUUAAUGUUCAUUUAAUUGUGGACAUCUACAGAAAGGAAACGGACCACUUUAAAAAAAUAGAAAUUAAAAAUAAGAGCUGAAUAUUUUCUAAAGGUUGCUUUGUCUCUCUGAAUUCUGAGUUUCAAAUUAAAAUUCAACGUUUUAUAAGAAUUCUGACUUUCAACACAGAAUUUUGAGAUUAAAGUCAAAAUUAUUUUUUAUGAGAAAAAAGGCUUAUAAGGCAUUUCUGACCUUACUUUCCAACAUUUUGUUGUGGGCCCUGUUAAUCUCUAUCCACAAGUUCUACAGAAAAUGUUUGACUGAUGAUUUUCAGUCUAAGAAAUGUUCUGGCUGUUUACUGAGCAGGAGAAACAGUCUGUAUGGAGAGCAAAAGCAGGAGGAACACAGUCCAUUAUGAUGACCUCCAGCUCCCAUGGUUGGAAAUCAAAGGAGGAUUUCUGUCAACAGACAUCUGCAUGAAGGUUAGCUAAGACUCAAACAUUUAUAUUGAGACACUAAUGUGACUGAUGCUGAGUCACUACAGGCAAUCAGAGUUUAGAUUUCCUGACUUCCCUGAAUGCAUCAGAAAUGAUAGAUCUGACCUCCAUUCAACAAACAAACUUGUUCAAAGUAGUUUUCUUCUCCUCUUAAGGACAGACCUGACAAAGCUGGACUCUGGACUUAUCUUCAUCAUGAUGAUGUUAUUUCAUCAAACUGAAGACCUGUUAAUGAGGAGAAACAUCACAAGAACAUCAGUUUCUGCUUCAGGCUCCUGUACUGCUGUCCAGGUGAUAUAAUGGGCCAAAAAAACGACAGCACUGAUGUUACAGAUGUAAUCAGAGCCCAGAAAGGGAGUCUUUAAUCAGUCAUAUUUUUUGGCAUUAUGUGCCUUUAUUACAGUGGACAACAACCAAAGAGAGACAGGAAAUGGGAGCAGAGAGCAGGAAGAGAUGUGCAACAAGCAUUGUGGCAAGGGAUUGGUGACAAGUACUGUUUUCUCUAUACGUGGAUGCUUGGACCUCUAGGACAUCAGGUACGGGAUUCUUCGCUGGCAAUUUUGUGCAAAACUCCCGGCUUUUGCCUGAUGAUGACUGCUGAUGGACUCUAAGAUUGAUGGUGAGGUCUGCUGCCCUUUUCUGGUCCCCCAGGAAAACCUCCAAAGCCCAGGAGGCCUGAUCGGAUACUAAAACUCCCUCAGACAUCCUCAGCAAGUCCACUCCAGCCACGUCUACCUGUGGUCUCAUCUUCUGUCUCUAUCAGGAGCUCAGGUCAGGGUUCUAGGUAGGGAACAAACAACAGAGAGGUUUUCAAGUACUUUGCCAGAUUUGUAAAGAAAUAAAACCAAAAGAGAGGAAGUCUACAGUUUCUCAUGAUUGUCACAUUCACUUUUGAAAUCACAAAGAAGUGGGAGUCAACAUUCAACACUUGGAUAGUGUUCACAAGGAAACAUCAUCUUUCAGUUCAGUUCAUUUAAUUUCACUUCAUGAAACAAGUUUAUAACACCCACCAGAAUAAAGUCCUGCUACCAAUCAGGUAUAAUCUGACAACAGUUUAUAUUUCUAUGUCCGAACAACUGCAGAAAUCUGCAGAGAAAUACAGUCCUGGUUUAAAACACUUGGUCUCAGUUCAUUCCCCUGCAUUUCUCCUCAGUAAAGAAAGUUAGGGGACUUUUCUUAUGACGUAGGGAGGAAAUCCUGGCCUUUGAGUGUCUGCAUGAAGAAUCUGGGAGGUGUUUUCAUUUGACUCCGGAGGCCAAUUGUUUGUCAGACACUCCCAAAAUUAAUAUCCUGUAGGAACACACCAUUACAUCUGGUCAGCUUGUUUCAGAACUUAUUCUAAAACAAAGAUCUCAAAUAGAGUCUGAUCCUCUGAGGCUGCGUUUCUCAGAAUAUCAGGGAGAGUCUAUUUGGCUAAAUAUCAAAGAUCAUGAGGUCAGGCUCAGGUGGUGAGGACAGAGGGGCGGCUUAGGGCUGUGGGCCGAAUGCUUUACAUUUUUGAGAUAUCAUGAGCUCUGUUUCAUUCCCCAUGUGUCUCUUUGACUGAAACACCAGCUCACUGCAGCAAAUGUUUUACUUCAACUGGAGGUUCAUAUCAAGCCCAACCCAUAACUGAAAACAGACGACACGCCUCAGUUUCCUCCAAACAUGGAAAAGUGAAGCUGAUAUACCCUCGCCAUGGGUACUGACAUGCUUGUUGGUGGAGAAAGGUAUGCACAAAAGGCGUGAGCUGGUGGAGCUGCUGGAUUGAUGCCACACUCCCUACUCUGUUAGAAUAAGCAAAUAACUUGUGGAUAAGAGGUCAAGGCUCCCCAGUCCAGCAGAACAGGCUUCUGUGUGGGUUUGAAGCAGACACUCAUAGUUAUGGAAAGUUUAAUGGCUUUUUAUCAGUGUUUUUUUUUUAUCGUUUUCCUGUUUUGUCCUUGGAUGAGCUCGAGUGCAACUGUUGCACUCUAACUCAGCCUGCAGAAACAGUCACACCAUGUCUUGUCUUUCUGUUGCCUCUGCAAAGUAGCUGACAACGGGUUAGGGUGUCACUGCUGUUAGCAGUUUUUUUCUGCUGGUUAGAUUGGGUGUGAAACUCAUUUCACAAACAAGUUCACUGACAAGUCAAUACAUGCUCGAGGUGGAUCAUCAUUUAGAAAUCAAGCUUUCAAAACAGCAUCUCAGCAGUCGUCACAUGCUCCAAAUUUUUAGCCAAACUUAAUCUCUAGUGACUCCAGCUGCAGUCAUGUUGAAAUAUCUGCAAAAACAGACUUAUGUUGCUCACUGAGAGAAAGCGGCUCAAGGAGAUACAGGCAGAGACCUACAAUUUGGGAGUACACCACCCUGAACAUCGGUAUUCAAGGCUUCCAGACCCUUCUGAAUGUGGCUCUGUGUGUGAUAUUAGUCACAGGCAUGGAGCCAGACUGACCACGUCUUUGCUCUGCUCCUAUUCAAUGCCCCCUCUCUCAUAGUCGCCUGACCACUCACUUCACUCGCUCCACCCCACAUAGCUGUCAGCAGGUCACCAGUCUAUAUCCUGCAACCCCAUCCACUAGAGCUCGCAACCACUGAUUUAAAAAGUUGCUAUUAGUCAGUUUACCUUUUUUAGACCACUCAGGGUUUUUAAUUUCAGCCUGUUUCAUAAUCUUAAAAAGAUUUGUCACAGUUUCUCUUCACGGUGAUCACUUUUUCAUGAGUUUAGCCAGAAAAAUCAUCUCAUUUCACAGACAGUCAGACUGUGAUGAAGUAGAGACGGUGAGGCUGAUUCAUACUGGAUUCCUGCACUUGAUGAUCUGAGUCAGAAAAUGUGCAUUUUAAAUUUCCACAUCACAGUAACAUGACUAAUAUUACAGGAAUGUAAUGCUAAAGUUUGGUAAAAAAGUUCAGCUUUAGUCAAUAAAUGUCAAAGCUCCUGUGAGCAGAGUUUUCACAUCAGUGAAAUAGACUGAAAUUCAUAUUUGAUGUCUUUUUAAGAUGUACAAAAACAAACAAGACCAUCAACAAGAGGACUGAUGAUUUUAUAUUGUGAUUUCAAAGUCUGAAAUCUACAGGAGGGGGUAGGUGUCAGCUGGGCAGUUGAAGAAACAGCCUGGUUUUCACAUUUACCACAUUUGAUAUUCACAAUUAAUGAUAAUUUUGUCUAAUAAACAAUGUAAACUGACAAGAAAGGCCAGGAAUGCUUUGUCCACAGGGGUGCAGAAAUCUGCAGAAACAAAAGUUCCUUACAGGAGCUUAAAGAAAUCUGUUUAGUAAAUUUGAGGAACACCUUUAACAAUAAUGUGACACCAAUGUAAAUCCCAGAGUUUGUGAAAUAGCAUAACAAUAAAGUUUUUCUCCCCCCUCCAGCCUGGAAAAGGUCUGAACUUUGUCUCCUUGUAAAAUUUUCUCAUCUUGGCACAAAAAUCAAAUAGUAAUAAUCAAGGUUAAUGAUUUGUGUCAGAUCACAUGAAAAAUGUCACUCUGAAGCACAAAAACUGAUAAUCAGGUGUUAGAGAAUAUAAUCUGUGAUUUUUUCCUCAGUGGAUUCCUGUUAGAAAGCGACAUAAAUGUUGUGCUUCUUGAAAAUUUGAAGUCGUUCAAUCACAUCACCAACAUGGCACCAAAGAUCAAAUCCUCACCUGUUCGAUUCUUGACUGUUACAUGAAGUACUAAUGUGGAUUGUUAGAGUGUUUGCCAAAUAAGGCCAAGUCCAAUUGUAGUCCACGUUCAGCACUUUCAAAAUGCUGUUGACCUUCUAUUUUUAAGGAUAUGAGACUAAAACCCCCACUUUGGAAAGAGGAUUUGAAAAUGGGUAUAGGUUCAGGAUGACCUGACAUGCUGACACAAGGGUCACGAGCAUAGUUAAUCAGGCGUCAGUCUGUGGAAGUGCUAAAAACUGCUAAAAACUGAUGGCACUCACUAUACAGGGAGUGAAUUUCUUUAACAGGUUUAUUUUGAAGAUAUCAAGGUUAAAGGUAGGGUAGGCAGGAAUCUGUUAAAUAAGAAUCUUUUUUUGUGGUGUAUAUACAAAAAAGCUUUUAAUAUCAGUCAAUAGCUAUUAGUCAUUGAUGACAUUUGGUAAUAUAACAAUAUCGCUGUGUUCUCUUAUGUCUGUGUAGUCAACAUUUUAUAACUUUUGAGCGGGCCGCUCUUUCUGACUGUAAACAAAGCCGUUCUCCACCUCCCCGACCUGAUUGGUUGUGAG